AUGGGAAAGGUUGAGAAGAAAUUUCAUGUUUCAGUAGGAGCUAACUGUAUAGAAACUCCUAAAAGGGUAGGUAAAACUAGUACUAUUGAUAAUGGAAAGUCAACUCUUAAAACAGUAAGGGUCUCGUGGAUCCGUCUACGCGAUUUUCACGUCCUUACUAUUGGUAGGUACACGUACACUACAGACCAACGGUUUGAAGCUUAUCAUACCGACUUCUCGAACGACUGGGCUCUCAAAAUACAGAAUGUGCAGCAGAAAGACGAAGGCUUGUACGAAUGUCAACUGACGUCCGACAACCCUGUGAGUCAGUACGUGUACCUUCACGUUGUAGUUCCACUUGCUAAAAUACUGGAGGGUAGAGAACUUUUCUUCAAACCUGGAAGUUCCAUCAACAUCACGUGCUUCAUCAGCAAUAGUCCAGAGCCUCCUGUCUACGUGUUCUGGUAUCACGACGAGAGGAUGAUCAACUAUGACUUUAUUGAAGGACAAAUUACCGUCAGAAAAGCUCCCAGAAAUACAGCCUUCAGCAGUCUCUACAUUAACGAUGCCCAGCUUUCUGACUCAGGGAACUACACGUGUGCACCGUCAAACUCAAAUCCAGUCAGUAUUCUUGUGAAUGUUAUUAAAGUCUUAUUGAGAUGUGAUCGAUUAAAAAAACUCAAGUUUGAUGCCAAUAUAUCAAAGGAGAUAUAUUUUGACGCAUAUCGAGUGAGGGUGGCUCAGAAAAGAAAAUAG